UAGGUCUAUGCUGCCCUCUUACUGGUACCAUUCCGAUAGGACAUCUCCCACACUGCUUGCUUACUGUAGGAAGGAGCUAGGCGACACCUAGAACUUGCCAACUUUAUGGACUACUGGAUACAGUAAUAGCACAGACAUACUGCUGUCACAAGCGUCCCCUACAGCUCUGUGACGGGGAAGGGAAGCCUACUACUUGCCAGUCAGCAUGCCCAUGUCAGGCCAGUCAUGAAACCGCUUGAGGCCAUCCGCUGUACGCACCCCAACUGUUUGUGUGAAUGCUUCUCCCCUGGAAAGUCCUGUCUCCGCCACUGUGAAACAUGCAAGCAUGGUUGGGUCUCCCACGCUCUUGACAAACUCGGCUACGCACACUUAUUCAACCUCGGGAUGCAGGUGGAGGUUGUCCAACCCAACAUUGUUUUCGACAUCGCAAGUCUGAUGCUGUAUGGAGCUCAGGCUACACCUAUUCGACUGAAGAUUCUCCUGGACCGUCUGUUCAGUGUCCUCCAGCAUGACGAGGUGCUGCAAGUACUCAACGGCUUCGGCUGGACGUAUGAGGACUAUGCCAGGGGAUACAUUCUUCAGGUAGGACAGGACUCUAAUGGCCGUGUCCUAGACAAGUGGACAAUUGCAUCACGGGAGGAGGAACAUAUCAUUCUUCAGCAGUUUUUGCGGUUUGGAGAGACCAAGGCCAUUGCUCAGGAGAUCAUUCUACAGGACACCAAAGAGAAACAAGACCUGUACAUCAAGCAGACAACACGAGCAGAGUCGGAGAUCAAGAAAUUCAUUGAACGCAGUAAUCUGAGCACCACACAGGGCCUCAUUCGACCUUAUGAAGCGCGACCUCUGUUUGCUGGACGUCUUCCCCUCCUGCCUCCUGGCAGCCGCCUGUUGACUCCCCCUCUCCUGCAGGCCAGUUACUCCCCCACAAGAGAUAUUCGACCUCUGGGCAUGCCUACCUCAAAUGCAACUUCCACAUCCGUCUCCCCUCUUGGCCGACUUCAGACUAUGCAACCCUUUGAGUUCCGGCGAGAUCAGACAAGUCCAGACCCAAGUCCCAACUCGGUUGACAAACCAGCAGCAAGCUCCUCCCCAUCAAGUGACAGUCCGAAGAACCUUUGUUCGACGCCUACAUCUGUCCACUCAGCUCCCUCCCCAAUCAUGUCACAGAGGAAUCUUGACAGCAGUGAGAAUGCAGCUGUGCCUGGUGGCAUCUGUGUCAUGGACGAUGAUGAUCAGUCUCUAGGGGCCAUUGAUUACUCCACAAAGGAAGACCCAGCUUCACCAGACUAUGACAGUAAAGCCAAGCAUUUGAGAAAGUCAAACCACCCAAUCAAGCGUCAGUGGACACCUUCGGCUGGGUUUGGACAAACAUUCAUUGGGCCAAAUGGUAAGAAGCGUGUGCUGUGUACAGCUUGUAACAAGACAUUCUGUGACAAGGGUGCUUUGAAAAUUCACUACAGUGCAGUUCAUUUGAAGGAAAUGCAUAAAUGCACAGUUGAUGGCUGUAACAUGAUGUUCAGUUCUCGCAGAAGUCGCAAUCGUCACAGUGCGAAUCCCAACCCUAAGCUCCACAUGGCAACUAAGAGGAAAGACAUGAGUGACAGUCCUAGACCCUAUGAUGAUGCCAAGUCUGUCAGGAUGAUUAACAGCCCACCAACCAUGGUAGUUCCUCCAUCACUACUUCCUAGAGGGACACUGCCUGGAGUCGAUGCCCAAGGCUUGAUGAGAGCUGAUCCUGCCUUUUUUGUUGACAUGAACAAUCAGUUUGCUUAUAUACAUGCCCCAGAUAAAAGACCAAGACUUGACACAGAUGACACUUCAGAUGACAAUCACGAUGAACCAAAGGACCUCAGCAACCACAUUGUGGAGGAGGGUGAGCCACUAGAUGAGGAGAGCAAACAAGAGCUCAACGUGCAGAGAGGGGGGAGUCGCAGAAAGAGCAAUGCUCCAACAAGGUGUGCUCAAAAUGACGAGAUGUAUGUCAUGUCAGAUGAUAACUCAGAUGACAAAGAUCCUUCAAAUGGCAAAUCUCUCUCAGGCAGAGGUAGGAGAGUAUCCUGUAAGGAUGGCAAGUCUGAAUCUGAUCGUCAUCAUCAGGACUCAUGCAUCAAAUCAGAACCAAAGGAUGAGGUACAGCAAGAAGAUGGUGAAAAGAAUGAAGACAUGGGCUGUGGUAAUGGCAUCCACUGUGGACCUGAAGACAAACUACAGUCAGAUCAGGACCUCAAAGAGCAAAUCAGCAGAAAACGAAAUUCCAUCAAUUUCCCAAAGAUAGCAUCCCUUUUAACCAACUCUAGCCAUCAGAACAAUAACAACAAUAGUAGCAUUGCAUCUGAUGAUAGUUUCCAGAAUCACUCUGCUUCUAUCCAUGAAGCUAGCCCAUGCUCUUCCCCUUGUCGGUCUGAUCAAGACUCUGAAGAUUCAUGCAUUGAUUCAAACACAAAUGGCCACCUUAUUGAUGACUUGGAAAUUCCGAUUGACAAGACCAAUCCCAGAAAAUGCCUGACAUGUGGAAAGAUGUUCCAGAAUCAGUUUGGUGUGAAGAUCCACUACAGGAAUGCACACAUGAAGCUUGUACAUCCAUGCACAGUUGAUGGCUGCAGUGCUACAUUUCCAUCUAAGAGAAGCCGAGACCGUCACGCCUCUAACCUAGGCCUCCAUAAGAAGCUGCUGUCAUCAGAUGACCAUGAACAGGACGGAGAUUCCAGCACCAACAUGCAAAGUUUGAGAGAAAAUGUGCUGCAGUCCCUGUACGGCCCAGACUUCAUUGAGAAUGAGACUUGUGGGAGGAAUGGCCACCUGUCUCCAUCAGCUUCUGGAUCAGCUGGGUCUGACUGCAACUCUGAUGAUGAGCCAGAAGAAGAUGAGAUCCAUCUCAAUGGCCAUGCUGGCAGUGAUGACUCAUCUGAUGCAUCUGUCUCAUGCCAUCUCUGUGAGUCCAAGUUCAGGGACAACCUGGCUUUAAAGGAACAUUUUGAGAACAUACACCCGAAGGAAAUGUUUCAGUGCACCAUCAAUGGAUGUGAAAAGAUAUUUUCAACACGUAAAAGUCGGAAUCGACACAGUCAGAAUGAUGGCCUUCACCGCCAUCUGCCGAUGGGGAAGAAGAAUGGCGUGUCCUGACCCAUGUGUCAGAAGACUAGACUCUAGCAACCUCAGUGGUUCACCAUAUGGCCACUUCUAUAUAUGCAGCACUUCCGUCAGUAGAGUAUUCAGUGUCUUCGGAACCAAUGGCGUCUGUGUGAUGCAGUUCCACAUUUCUCUACAAUAGGAGAACAAUUCUCAUGCAAUACGGUCACUUGACCAUUUAGUUCUGUAUAUGCAUUUAGUUUGUAGUGUCAGUAGUUGUCUACUACAGACUUGGAACGUUCAUAAGCAAACUGUGGUAGCAGCACUAGUGUUUCUCUAGGGUUUUCCCAGAAGCAGUGCCUCUUGAACUCUAGCACAUGACUCCAGGAUGAUGGAGCAGAGAAAGCCUUAUGUCAUGUGAGUGAAGUCCUAGACUGUCACCAGGAACUAUGCCCUAGAAUAGGAGUGUAUUGUGCUGUGGACCUCAAAGACAAAGUGGGCUUUAACAUAGAGUGAAAGUCUGUAAUGUGAGUGAGUAGACUUUAGACUUUCUUCAUCUGUUGGAUGUAAGAACAAGCUGAGGCAACAUGUCUGUGAGGAGGACAGCGUGCUAGAACAGUCCUUACUUGGUACUAGCGAGGUCAGCAUCAUCACCUCAGAGACAAAGGGAUUGUGUAUUGAAGCAAUAGUUUGGUAUGGGCAUCUAGCUCACAUAAUAAGGUUCAUCUGGACCAGCUACAGUGCCCAUGUGUGCCAUAGUGGACCAUCAGUUUAUAUAUCCAUGACAGCCACUACUGCAAGGGUGGUCUGGGUGGGAGGCUGAAUCUUCAUCAGUAUUAUAGUUCCUGCAUAUAUUUGCAGAGAUGUGUGCCUGCAAUUCAGUAAAACAUUGCUAUGUCUGAUUAGAAUAGUUGAAACAUGCCCGUAUCACUUUCUGGAGAUACUGUCAACUUCCGUUGGAUAACCUUAGAUACAAUUCUGUAUGUUAGACCAUACAGUGUUUCUCACAUUGAUAUUGUGCAUGUACAAUUAACCCUAAAACUAUCAAAAGGCAACGUGCAACAGAAUCCCAAUAACAGCUAUAUCUGAAACGGCAGGUGUUUCUCUUCAGACUUAGCAACUGUUUUGCUGAUUGGUGCAGACUAGGGAGGAGACCCUUUUCAGAGGGACUCGGCAUAUCACUACCACAUGUGCAAUGGUCAACUAUUUAUUUAUUGAAUCUAUGCAUGUUUUAGCAAGUUAACACGUUAUAUACAUGUCAUUGUUCAUUUGCCAUCACUUACCCACAUCAUGAAUGUUGUUUUGUGCAUUUUAUACCAUGUUUGUAGAUGAUCUCAAGACGAGCAAGUUUACUGACAAAUGCUUUUUCAUCAUAUAUAAUCACUUCCAACCCCAGUUUUACAUGACAAAUAUGCACAUAUUGUAGCAUCAUACAUAUUAUGCAAUCAUAGCGGGAAAUGGCCGCCUUAUCAAUAGCAAUUGUUUUAGAUCUUUUGAUCAUUACACAUUAGAUAUAGUUUAUUCUCUUUCUUUGUAAUCUUUAGAAACUCUUGUCCUUCUAUAUUCAUCUCAGUGGUCUCAUAAAACACAGGUAACCUAUAUUUCUCCACCUUUCAACACAUAUUUAUUGCUCCUAUCUUCAAGAGUCUAUCACUUUAACUCUUUCUACAAGAUUCUCAACACACCUGAUGCCUGUUCUUAGUACAGAGUUGGGCCUGUUUCUCUUUCUUUGUCAUUUAAAGCAUAAUAUUUUCUUCUCACCAACUGAAAAACUUCAAAUUGAAUAUCUGUAUUUGUGAAUACCAGAAUUAUUUGGUGUUAUUUGAUGCUGUGAAAUCUGGUCAAGACAAAUGACAAUUGAGCAUUAGCAGUGGGGGGUUGUGCAGAUUAUGUUUGUGUAAGUGAUAGAACAAAUAGAGAUUAAUUAUUCCAUGUCCCAAACUUUGCGAUCACCUAGUUUGUGGUAUUCACAGUACUUUAUGCUUUAGGGCACAGAACUAGUCUCACUUGUUUGUUUUAUGGUGCUAUUACAAGAUUUAACAUUUGCAAUAUUUUUCAUACAUUUCAAACAUGAGUGGAUUUUUUUUCUCUAUAUUCCUAAGUUUUAGUUGGUUGUUUUUGUGAUGGUUAAAGGUAGCAAUUGUGUGCUCAAGUGAUUAUAUUGUCAUUGUUUUGCCAUUAUUUUAACAUACAUACACUCAGGAAUAUAUCAGAUUUAUUAACUAACUCGGUUUUAGUGUGUAGCAGUAGAUUUGCUGAAAUAUGUAUGGGGAUUCAUAAUAAUUUGCAUAAAUUAGCAUAUCAUUUCAUAAAUCCAUUUUAGCUGUGCAAUAUUGCAUUAUAAAUACAUCAUACCUCAGACAUGUGUGCAAUCAGCUGUGACAGUCCCAUGGAUAUUGAUAUAUAGAUCUUACACUUUGUUUGAUUGGGCUCAAAUCAAAACUUGUAUUUUUAGAUAUUUUUUUCAGUUUGAACAAUACCCAGUAUACACAGUUAGCCUUAGACAUGACUAAGACUAAGACUUCCAUGAUUGUAGAGUGGGUCCACAACUAAGGAAUUGUGCAUAAACUAAUUUGUGUGCCAUACAAUGUAGUCUGUUUGUCUGUUGGUCACAUGUUCCAAACACUGGAGAUUUGUUGGAGGGUUUUCAGUAUUUAUUUUUGUGUAAAAAUAUUAUUUGAUGUCAUUAUUUAUUUCUCAUUCGUUUGUAAAUUUUAAUGCCUUGAAAAACAAAAUAUUUAUAUUGUUGGUAUGGUAACAUUGGUUAGUGAUAUUUGUUUUAAGACAAGGUAGAAUAAAACAAUAAGAAAACAUUUCAAAAAGAUUUUGUUCUUGUUGUUUUACAUUCUGGACAUAAGAGUGAAAUGAUAUCUAUAUCAGUAGUACUAGGCAGGCUUACAUGUUGAAUUAUAAACAUUUUCCACCAUUGUGUUUUGAUGUGUUUUCAUUAUGUUGAGAAGAAAGUCGGUUAAUUAAUAUAUAAGGUAGAGUUUUAUAGUUUCUGAGAUUCAUUGUAUGGUUGUGCUAAUUUCAGAUAGAUAUUGUGUUUUAUGUUGAAAAAAAACACUACAGAUGUUUUGUCAGUUAUUAUUUAUUUGCAUGUAAAUGAUGUAUGUGCCCAUUCACAGUAUGCCAAAACAAAGGGUUUUCUGUACGAAUCAGCUUAGAAUCUAUGCACAUUCUUUACAUUUUGUUUGGUAAUAAUGAUCCAUUGAACUAUUAUCACGAUGACUGUAUGAACAUUAUUACAAUAUGGUAAUGUAUAUGAAAUGUAACCUUUAUCUGUUGUGCAUUUAUUAGGGCUGAUGAUCUGCCAAAAUAACUAGUUUAAAAAAUGUUGAUUAAACCAAUAUUGAUACUUAUUGGUGGCUUUUUAUGAAGACUAUGUUAAGUAUUACCUUUUAGCAAAUUGCCAAGACAUUGUUUUGCCAGAUCAUCCUUGGAUCAAAAACACAUGGGAAAUAAAUAUUGCAAUGUUCGUGCACUGAUGCUGCAGUUCCUACAGACAGGUUCCCGUCCUGCAUGUCAAGGCUUCUUUUGUCAUUGUAAGAAGUCAUGGCUUGAAGCUUAGAAUAAGGCAUCCACUUAAAGAAGGAAAAGAGGACAUUAGGUUAUACAGAUAUUCAAGGUUAAGCACUGUCCUAAAGUAAUCAAAUCAAAAUGGCUGAAUGGUUAAUGCAAUUUGUGAAAUAUUACCUUAUAAUUCAAGAGGGUUGAAGGGUCGAGAUGGAUGUAGGGGCACUAUUCGAGAUGGGUGUAGGGGCACUGUUCGAGAUGGGUGUAGGGGCACUAUUUGAGAUGGGUGUAUGGGCACUGUUUGAGAUGGUUGUAGGGGGCACUGUUCGAGAUGGGUGUAGGGGGCACUAAUCAAGAUGGGUGUAGGUGUACUGUUCGAGAUGGGUGUAGGGGCACUGUUCGAGAUGGGUGUAGGUGUACUGUUUGAGAUUGGUGUAUGGGCACUGUUUGAGAUGGUUGUAGGGGGCACUGUUCGAGAUGGGUGUAGGGGGCACUAAUCAAGAUGGGUGAAGGUGUACUGUUCGAGAUGGGUGUAGGGGUACUGUUCAAGAUGGGUGUAGGGGCACUGUUCGAGAUGGGUGUAGGGGCACUGUUCGAGAUGGGUGUAGGGGCACUGUUCGAGAUGGGUGUAGGGGGCACUAAUUAAGAUGGGUGUAGGUGUACUGUUAGAGAUGGGUGUAGGGGCACUGUUCGAGAUGGGUGUAGGGGCACUGUUCGAGAUGGGUGUAGGGGGCACUAAUUAAGAUGGGUGUAGGGGCACUGUUCGAGAUGGGUGUAGGGGCACUGUUCGAGAUGGGUGUAGGUGUACUGUUCGAGAUGGGUGUAGGGGCACUGUUUGAGAUGGUUGUAGGGGGCACUGUUUGAGAUGGGUGUAGGGGGCACUGUUCAAGAUGGUUGUAGGGGGCACAGUUUGAGAUGGUUGUAGGGGGCACAGUUUGAGAUGGUUGUAGGGGGCACUGUUCGAGAUGGGUGUAGGGGCACUGUUCGAGAUGGGUGUAGGGGCACUGUUCGAGAUGGGUGUAGGGGGCACUAAUUAAGAUGGGUGUAGGUGUACUGUUCAAGAUGGGUGUAGGUGUACUGUUCGAGAUGGGUGUAGGGGCACUGUUCGAGAUGGGUGUAGGGGCACUGUUCGAGAUGGGUGUAGGUGUUCUGUUCGAGAUGGGUGUAGGUGUACUGUUCGAGAUGGGUGUAGGGGCACUGUUCGAGAUUGGUGUAGGGGCACUGUUUGAGAUGGGUGUAGGUGUACUGUUCGAGAUGGGUGUAGGUGUACUGUUUGAGAUGGGUGUAGGGGGCACUAAUUAAGAUGGGUGUAGGUAUACUGUUCGAGAUGGGUGUAGGGGCACUGUUCGAGAUGGGUGUAGGGGGCACUGUUCGAGAUGGGUGUAGGGGGCACUGUUCGAGAUGGGUGUAGGUGUAUUGUUCGAGAUGGGUGUAGGGGGCACUGUUCAAGAUGGAUGUAGGGGCACAGUUCGAGAUGGGUGUAGGUGUACUGUUCGAGAUGGGUGUAGGUGUACUGUUCGAGAUGGGUGUAGGUGUACUGUUCGAGAUGGGUGUAGGGGGCACUGUUCGAGAUUGGUGUAGGGGGCACUGUUCGAGAUGGGUGUAGGGGGCACUGUUCAAGAUGGGUGAAGGUGUACUGUUUGAGAUGGGUGUAGGGGGCACUGUUCAAGAUGGGUGUAGGGGGCACUGUUCGAGAUGGGUGUAGGGGCACUGUUCGAGAUGGGUGUAGGGGGCACUGUUCGAGAUGGGUGUAGGGGCACUGUUCAAGAUGGGUGUAGGGGCACUGUUCAAGAUGGGUGUAGGGGCACAGUUCAAGAUGGGUGUAGAGGCACAGUUCGAGAUGGGUGUAGGGGGCACUGUUCAAGAUGGGUGUAGGGGGCACUGUUCAAGAUGGAUGUAGGGGGCACUGUUCGAGAUGCGUGUAGGGGGCACUAAUCAAGAUGGGUGUAGGUGUACUGUUCAAGAUGGGUGUAGGGGCACUGUUCAAGAUGGGUGUAGGGGCACAGUUCGAGAUGGGUGUAGGUGUACUGUUCAAGAUGGGUGUAGGGGCACAGUUCGAGAUGGGUGUAGGUGUACUGUUCAAGAUGGGUGUAGGGGCACAGUUCGAGAUGGAUGUAGGGGCACUGUUCAAGAUGGGUGUAGGGGCACUGUUCAAGAUGGGUGUAGGGGCACUGUUCAAGAUGGGUGUAGGGGCACUGUUCAAGAUGGGUGUAGGGGCACAGUUCGAGAUGGGUGUAGGUGUACUGUUCAAGAUGGGUGUAGGGGGCACUAAACAAGAUGGAUGUAGGGGCACAGUUCGAGAUGGGUGUAGGGGCACUGUUAGAGAUGGGUGUAGGGGGCACUUUUUCGAGAUGGGUGUAGGGGGCACUAAUCAAGAUGGGUGUAGAGGCACUGUUCGAGAUGGGUGUAGGGGGCACUAAACAAGAUGGAUGUAGGGGCACAGUUCGAGAUGGGUGUAGGGGCACUGUUAGAGAUGGGUGUAGGGGGCACUUUUUCGAGAUGGGUGUAGGGGGCACUAAUCAAGAUGGGUGUAGAGGCACUGUUCGAGAUGGAUGUAGGUGGCACGGUUCGAGAUGGAUGUAGGGGGCACUGUUCGAGAUGGCAGUAUAUAUUUCCUGUAUGUUGUUGAGUGUAUCUUUGUUGAGUUAUAGUAACUCUGUGUCAUUGUUACUUGAUUGCUUCCACCCGGAAUUUGCCAAACUCAGAUUUGUUUACCCCUGUGAUAACACUUUUGUUGAGAGCAUGCUUGAGUGAUAUGGAACUGUCAGUGCCAUCAAACAAAGGAAGCCAGAUCAAGGAAGUCUACUGUUUAUAAUGGCAUUAAACUUUGUAAACAUUAACAACUCCAAAAGGUUCAACAUUGGACACCAACAGUUAUGUAUUACAUCUGUGAAUGUUAACAUGUCUACAGUAUUACACUGAUAUCACUUGAUCUGUGCAUGUUGCUCCAUAGAGCCAGAAACAGCUCAUUAUUGAUAAACUGUGAACUUUGGCCACACUUUGAGAAUCAAGCAUCAAGCUUAAGAGGAGGGAGGUUGGACAGGGCAAGUUUAGUUCCUACAUAUAGAUUCAUCCAAACAUUGACUUUCAUAGUUUAGUGUAUUCCAAGUUAAGAACUGUAUGUUAUUAUAGAUGAAAUCAUUAUAACUGGGUCCAUUUUGUAGACAGGAACAUGUAGUCCUUCAUAUAUGUAUAAAGGAGAUUCAUUACUAGAUAACAUACAUCUAAGAUAUUGAACUCAAUUCAAGAUUAGGUGUAUCACUCAAAGUUGGGAAAGUAAAUGAUGAUGAAAGUGAAAUUAUUUCUCCAAAAGCAACAUGCAGACUAGAGCUUUCAUACAGGCUUGUAUUUUUUGGUGUGUGUUUUUAGUUUUUUGGGAAUACAAGAAACGGAAACCUUGACAUUGACAACAGUUUAUUUGGGCUCAUAUUUUCAGCUAUAAAACUGAUAUUCCUAAUUUUGGAUUAUCUUGAACCAUAAUUUAGGUAUGGUAGAACAUUCCAGUGUGGGAUAGUAUUUUAGUGUGACAUCCACCCCAUACCUGGGUUGUCUCCCCCUUGUCCCAGCCUGUCCCCCCAGUCCAACUUGCCAACUUCUCCUUUAUACACAGGUUACUGUUGUGCUGUAUUCCAACUAACUUGUGUGGCCGCUACCAUAGUCCUCACGUUCACCUACUAAUUUGCUUGAAAUUUUGUAACAAACACAAUUUUGGGCUGUUAAAUUUGAGACCAUGCAUUGUGGAUUGGUGGCCAUGGGCCAAGGUGUUUGUGGCCACAUGGCGGUCUCUUUGUGAUGGCUACAAUGGUUCGUUUCCAUGCUAGUGUAUGACAUCUUAGCAAGUCAAGGUAGAGUCUUGUUAGGUGUUUAAAGUGUAAUCAAAAUAACAUGCAUGGCGAUCUAGUUGUGUACCUCUGUUUUAUUGUAUGACAAGAAGACAUACAUACAGUCAAAAUUUAAAUUUGCAGCAUUUGGGUGUAUCAUCAUAACUAUAUUUGACCAAUAUGUAAAUUAAUCAAAAGUAAGAAGUCAAGGACAAAGCUUUAUUUGGACAUUCAAGUGACAUAUGGAUCGUCAUGCAAUGAACUGACUUAUGUAGUUCUUAGUAUUAUUUUGUACACGAUUUGGAAAAAACACAAAAAUAAGUUGAAUUCUGCAUGGCUCAAUUUAGCUAGAAUUGUUUUUGUCACAUUGCCACGUAGUUCUGAGCUGUACAACGUUUACUUGUGUAUUUAUUGUUGAGGCGAAGAUAUUUAUAUGAGUAAUUUGACUGGUUUUAUCUGGUCAGGUUAGAAAUAAACGUUUACACGAAAAUA